AUGGUAAAAUCAAAAAAACAACGAUCUUUGCUAGUUUCUCGAUUUGGGUCAAACGAAGACAAGGAAACACAGGAAAAUGAAAUUGAAGCUUUGAAAGCAAUUUAUAUGGAAGAUUACGUGCCCGUGGUUGUGACUUCAGCAUGGAAGGUCGCACCGACAUGUCAUGAGUUUCGACUUCAUCUUUUACCUCAUGAAGAGGAACUGAAGGAGCAUGUGUCAGUAGACUUGCACGUUAAAUUUCCAAAAACAUAUCCACGUUCAGCACCAGAUAUAAAAAUUGAAAAUGCACGCGGUCUUUCAGAGGAACAAAUGACUAAAGUUCGAGAACAUAUAUCUCGACUUAUCAAAGACAACCUUGGGCAAGAGAUGGUUUUCAAUAUCGCUCAAUACGUUCAAGAGUUUAUAACUACGAAUAACAAUGGCGUUAAAAUUUUGGCUAAGCAAUCUUUUCAUGAGCAAAUGUUAAGUCGAAAUGAAAAAAUAACCAAGGCCGAACAAGAAAAGGCAAUGGAAGAAAUGGAUCGUGCGCGUCAAACUGAAGAGCAAGAACGAACGGCAGAGAACUUGUUAUUACUUCAAAAAAUUCAGGAGGAGGAACAACGUCUAAUGGCAAAGGUCGAAGAAGAAAAGCAAAAAAGAAAGCAAUUGAAAGCUAAAGGUGCAAAUCCAUUAACAGACGCAUCUUCGGUAUUUAAAACUGUUAACUUUGAUAGAAAAAUUGUGCUGGAUCCUGGAGAUUCAUCGUCAGUUCCUUUUAAAUCCGUAAUUCUUGGACCAUUAGUAGGAAAAGGAAUAGUUGGUUCAACAUAUAUGGUUCAGGCAAUUAAUGACCAGAUUAAAGAUACGGCUCCAAAAGACCGUCAUGUUUUAAUUCUUAAAGAUAUUGAAAUUUCUGAACCGCAUUACUUAGAGCUGGCUGGCAAGGAAAAGUUAGAAGAUAUUGAGAGGGAUCUCGAUCGUAUUAAAAAGCUUCGUCAUUCGAAUUUAGUCGCUGUAUAUGAAUCCGAGCUUGAGAGAUGUGAAUCGGGAUGGAAAUUGCAUAUUCUCAUGGAAUAUUCAUGUGGAGGAACAAUGGUUGAUUUGUUAAAAAAAUGUGGUGUUGUUCGCUUACAAUUAGCGAGAGAAUAUAUGAAGCAGUUGUUGGAUGCACUGGAUUAUAUACAUGCUAACAGCUUUGUGCAUAAAGAUAUAAAAGCCUCAAAUAUACUAUUUACCGAAAUUCCUGAAAAGGAUGAAUAUAUAGCUAAUCUAGCGGAUAUUAGUUAUCACAGGAAGCUAUUGGAUAUGCAUAAAGAAUUCCCAUUUGUUAAAUAUUCAAGUGAAGAGCCGUGCAAAAAAUGGAUUUCUCCUGAACAAAAAUCACGGCCUAAUGUAUAUUCGAGAAAGAAUGAUAUUUGGUAUCUCGGUGUUAUUUUUGUGCAAAUGCUAUUCGGACUAAAUGCUAUACAAAAAUAUAGUUCGUUAGAUGAUUUGUUAAGUUCAUCUGAGUAUGAUAUUCCACCAGCUGUCCAAGAUGUUCUUAGAACUAUGCUUGAAAAAGAUCAUUUAAAAAGGCCAACACCAUUAGAAUUGCUUGCAAAACCUUUUUUCAGUGAAGGGUCUUCUAGCUUUUUGGAUACACCUUUAAAGUUCAUCAUGUCAACAGGAACUUUAGCUCCUAAAACUAUUACACCACCGUUCAUAAAAGAGAAUGACGAAUUAGCUGGUAGUUUUGGUGAGGGUAUUCCUCAGCAUACAUUUUCUCCACCAAAACCUUCGCAGCAUCAUGCUUUGUUUUCAAGAUAUAAACUUGAUUUCGAAGAAAUCGCGUUCCUUGGCAAAGUGCGUCUAAAUCCCAAUGACAUUGAAAAAACUCGCAAGAUUUUGCGGGAGGUAACCACAUUAUCUCGAUUGCAUCACCAAUAUGUUGUCCGCUAUUAUACAACCUGGUUUGAAGAUUCAGAUGGCUCCUUGAAUGAGACAAAGACCUUUAGCGAAGAUAUCAAUGGCGCUGUCAAUGAGUCCUUAGAUUCUGAUGAUUAUCCUGACGACGACGACAAUUUUGAUUUUCUUUCUGCUGAUGCAUCCAGCAACAUAAAAUUUAUAGGAUCGUCAUCUUCUUCAUCAGAUUCUGAAUUUGAAGUAAUGCAAGAUGAGAUAACAAGAGGAGUUGGUGUAGCAAGAAAUAAAGCUGUUUCCAAAAGGACGUUGGCCAGAGAGGAAAAAUGUCGUAUACUUUAUAUACAAAUGGAAUAUUGUGAAAAUAAAACCUUGAAAGAUAUCAUUGACAUAGGUGUAAAGGAAGAUGAAGGUUGGAGGUUGGGCAUGAUUCAUCGAGAUUUAAAACCAAGUAAUAUUUUUUUGGACAAAAACGGCGAUGUGAAGAUCGGCGAUUUUGGAUUGGCUACCACGAAUGAUAAUGACGCAUUAUUUGAUCCGGGUACUUUCAGAAUGUCAAUUUUUUACAGAAUGAACAGUAGAGAAGAUUCAAUGACUGGAGAUGUUGGGACGCUCCUUUAUGGCGCUCCUGAGGUUACCACUAAUGCUGGUGUGGGAACUCGCUAUAAUCAAAAAGUGGAUAUAUAUUCCUUAGGAAUAAUUUUAUUUGAAAUUUUCUACAAAUUUACUACUGAAAUGGAACGUCGAAUGACCAUCCUAAACCUCCGAAGGCCCGAGAUAACCUUUCCAAAAGAUUUUCCAUUCGACAAAAUGGACAAACAAGCACAUAUUAUUCGUUGGUGCCUGCAUCAUAAUUCUAAAAAUCGACCCACAAGCAUAGACCUUUUAAAAAGUGAAUGGUUACCAGCUAAAAUUGAAGAUGAACAUUUGCAAGAAUGCAUUAGAACAAUGGUUAAUCCAAGUACUCCACACUAUCGAUCUUUAAUGUCGGAACUGUUUUCCCAAUCAUCAGAUAAACAUAAAGAUUAUACUUAUGACUUUGGGAACGUUUCUUUUAACAUAUCGAGCGCUCUAACGUUUGGAAGAGUACGCGAUUAUAUGGUCAAGAUAUUUCGUCAUCAUGGCGCAGUGGAAUUGAUCACCCCUUUGUUGAUGCCCAAAUCUGAUAUAUACGAUGAGGACAAAAAGGCAGUUUUUUUAAUGGAUUCAGAUGGAGGAAUUGUACAGCUUCCUUAUGACUUGACGGUACCUUUUUCGAGACAUAUUUCACGUAACAAUAUUACAGAUCUAAAAAGAUAUACAUUUGAUAGAGUAUACAGGGAAAAUAUUGUUGGACAGCCUCGUAUAGUUAAUGAAGCUGAUUUUGAUAUAAUCCAUUCAACGCCUGCUCCAAUGGUUGCUGAAGCAGAGAUAAUGAAAGUGGUUGAUGAAGUUCUUGAAGAAUUCCCACCAUUAAAAACGAACAAUUAUUGUUUUUUUGUAAAUCAUACAAGUAUCGUAGAAACAAUUUUUGAUUGCUGUAGAAUACCUGGGGAAAUUCGGCGUGGUGUAUAUAAUUUACUCAGCCAACUUGAUAAGAAAUAUACGAUGAAUCAGAUCAGGACACAACUUAUGGACAAAUAUGACAUGCCAAGGAGUGUGCUGGAUGAAUUAGUUCUUUUUGAUAUUAGAGGAGACCUGAAUUCCAUUUCAGCUUCUUUGGACAAGUUGAUUCCCGCGGGUAACAUGCGUAAACGAAUACAUGAAGCAAUUAACGAUUUCAAGCUUUUGUUGACAUACACACAAUGUCUCGGCAUUCGUCAUAAUAUUAUAUUUGUGCCAUUGCUAACGUAUAAUAAUCAUUAUUACAAGAAUGGAAUGAUUUUUCAAACUGUUGACAGUAGUCGGAAAGACGUGAUUGCUGCUGGUGGAAGAUACGACUCAUUAAUACAAAAAUUUCGGCAUCCUAUAGCAAGUGGAACAUCUGUUAAUCGGCAACAAAUACUUGCAGUUGGAGUUAACAUAGCAGUACAAAAAAUAGUCGUCGCUCUAGAAACUUAUCAAAUCGCCAUAUCUAAAAUGAUUCAGAAGAAGAAGCUUGAAGAGGAAAGGAGUUUUGGGUUCUGGGCGCCAAAAAAGUGUGAUGUAUACGUUGCAAGCUUUGGCAAAAUUAUGUUGCAGGAACGCCUGGAUCUUGUUCAUGAAUUGUGGGCACAUAACAUUAAAGCUGACUUCAUGUAUGAAGAACCGGUAGAUCUUACUCCUGAAAUUCUGGCAUCUUCAUGUAGGGAAAAAGGGAUCAAUUGGAUAAUAACAAUGAGACAUAAAAAUCAAGAUUUGUACACUUUGAGAGACGCUGUAACUAUUUUCAAAAUAAAGAAUUUGAUACUGAAAACUGAAGAAGAAGUUCCCCGUAAUGAGCUUUGCGUAAAAUUAAAUAGUGAAAUCCAAGAACAAAUGAGAAUUGAUUUAUAUGCCUCAGGAUCCAAAUUUCACAAGCAUUAUUUGAUAGCACAGACGGAUUUGAACAAUGAUUUCAGCAAUAGCAGUAUGCCAUUAUCAUUAGAAGCCUCUUGUAAUCGAUCAAAAUUAUCUAUCAAGAUCGUUGUACCUCCCACAACAAAUAAAGGCAAUAAAAAAAUGAAACAUAAGCAGAAGCAAUUACUUAUUGAUAAAGUGGCAGUAGACGUAAGUCGUGAAUUACUACGCAAAAUCUCAGAUUGUGAUGUACUAGAUGAUGAAUCAUUUAAAUGUAAAAUAUUUGAUCUGGUUUCUCCCCAACAAAAAGAAUAUUUAAGUAGUAUUCAAAGUUAUCUCAAAAAACUACGAAGCAAGGAAGGUUACAAGCAUAUUUGGUUAUAUUCACAUAGAGAUGAUUUUGGACUUUUAUAA